AUGGUGCAGGAAGGAGGAGAGAAUGACAGGGUGCAGGAUAGAGAAGAGAAGGGCAUUGUGCAGGAUGGAGGAGAGAAGGACAUAGUGCACGAUGGAGGAGAGAAGGACAUGGUGCACGAUGAAGGAGAGAAGGGCAUGAUACAGGAUGGAGGAGAGAAGGGCAUGGUACAGGAGGGAGGAGAAGCUGACAGGGUGCAGGAUGGAGGAGAGAAGGAUAUGGUGCAGGACGGAGGGGAGAAGGACAUGAUAGAGGAUGGAGGAGAGAAGGGCAUGGUGCAAAAUGGAGGAGAGAAGGACAUGGUGCAGGAUGGAGGAGAGAAGGAUAUGGUGCAGGAUGGAGGAGAGAAGGACAUGGUGCAGGAUGGAGGAGAGAAGGACAUGGUGCACGAUGGAGGAGAGAAGGACAUGGUGCAGGAUGGAGGAGAGAAGGAUAUGGUGCAGGAUGGAGGAGAGAAGGAUAUGGUGCAGGACGGAGGGGAGAAGGACAUGGUAGAGGAUGGAGGAGAGAAGGCACGCAAAAAUGGAGGAGAGAAGGACAUUGGCAGGAUGGAGGAGAAUCGAUAUGGUGUAGGAUUUGAUGGGAGAGAAGGACAUGGUGCAGGAUGGAGGAGAGAAGAACAGGCUAUGGAUGGAGGAGAGUAG